AUGUCGCCAACCGAAGAGAAGAGUGACGAUGUCGAUUUCGGUGACAACAUCGAUAUGACUACUUUCGAGCAAAUCCUUGAAAUGGAUGAGCCAGGCGAUUGUGAAUUCAGCUCUUCUAUUGUAUUUGGCUUCUUCGAUCAAGCAGAAGAGACCUUUGACCAGAUACAGGAGGCAUUGGAAGAGGAAGACCUUGAUAAGCUUUCAUCUCUUGGACAUUUCCUCAAGGGCUCAUCAGCGACCCUCGGACUCAUCAAAAUCAGGGAUGGUUGCGAAAAGAUUCAGCGUUAUGGCAAACACGAAAAGCUCGACGGCUCUCCUGAAGAUGACUCGGAGGUUUGUCUAACGCACAUCAAAGACGCUUUCAAAGCUGUUAAAACGGAUUACGCUGAGGUCGAGAAGCUCUUGAGGCAGUACUACGAUUCAAGGGAAUAA